ACCGUCCCCAGUCUUAUAUAUGUCAUCUUGUCUACACUUCUAGGUGCUAUCUGCCCCCUGGAGGAGAUGUGCGAUGUGGCACACAAGUAUGGAGCGCUGACAUUUGUGGAUGAGGUACAUGCAGUGGGACUGUAUGGUGCUCGUGGUGCAGGUGUCGGAGAAAGAGAUGGAGUCAUGCACAAGAUGGACAUUAUCUCUGGGACAUUGGGAAAGGCAUUUGGCUGUGUUGGCGGCUACGUAGCGAGCACCGCCGCUCUCAUAGACACGGUGCGUUCUUACGCCGCCGGAUUCAUUUUCACUACCUCCCUUCCUCCCAUGGUGCUGGCCGGAGCUUUGGAAUCUGUGCGCGUCUUAAAGAGCGAAGAGGGGCAAGCUCUCCGACGCGCCCACCAGCGCAACGUCAAGCACAUGCGCCAACUCCUGAUGGAUGCGGGACUGCCGGUCAUCAACUGCCCCAGCCACAUCAUCCCCAUACGGGUCGGUAACGCCGCCGUGAACACCCGAAUCUGCGACAUGCUUCUGACCGACCACAACAUCUACGUCCAAGCCAUCAACUACCCAACCGUUCCCCGCGGAGAGGAACUGCUGAGGCUGGCUCCCUCCCCCCACCACGCUCCUGCCAUGAUGAGCUACUUCGUAGAGAGCCUGGUACGCACGUGGAAGGAAGUCGGGAUUCCCCUGAAAUCCCCAUCAGCCGCCGAGUGCAACUUCUGCCACCGCCCCCUGCACUUCGACCUGAUGAGCGAGUGGGAGCGCACCUACUUCGGAAACAUGGAGCCGCGAUACAUCACCAUGUACGCCUAGCCGCCCCGCGACGAGGCUCGGCACACCCAGGCCG